GACGCAUCAGGGAGACAGGGGAAGAGGAAGCGCCUUUGGUCCUGGGGAAGGUUGGCUUGUCUUGGUGGGUGGGGAUGGUCAUUAUCAGCUUUCUGGACACACAGACAGAGACAGACAGGAUGGACUUCCUCCGGCUAUACCUCCCUGGGCUGCACCAGGCCUUGAGGGGGGCACUGGAUUCCCUCGGCACCUUUGUCUCCUACCUCCUGGGAGAUGCAGUCCCCACUGUAGAGCGGGAGGCGCAGGCGGCUGAGGAACUGGGGGCGGUGGCGGUGGGAAAGACAGGGAAGAUUGUAGAGGAGGAAGCCCAGGAGGACCUGGAGGGCCUUAGAGGCAGCCAAAAUGAGGGGGCUGGAAGGCUGAGAGGGCCUGGAGAUGACAGAAGACGUGAAGUGGGGAGCCCAGCUGUAGAACAGACCUGGGGCUGGGGAGAUGGCAGCUCCCAUGGGUCCCAAGCGGAGAGGCAGGACAGUGGGGCUGGGGAGACAGCCAAGGCUGCCAGGUGCCAGGAGCCAAGCGCCCACUUGGAGGCCAGAAAGAAAUCCAAGGCAGGGUCUGGGGCUUGCCAAGACAGGAGCGGCCAAGCCCAGGAGAGGCAGGAGUCCCAUGAGCAGGAAAUGAACAGAGAGGAGAGGCUGAGAAGCUGGGAACAGGAGGAGGAGGAGGAAGAGGUCAGGGCAAGAGAGCCAGGGAUGGCCAGAGGGGCGGAGUCAGAGUGGACCUGGCAUGGGGAGACGGAGGGGAAGGCUGGUGCUGUUGGGCCAAAGGCGGCAGGGGACAACCGGGAGAUGGAGCAGGGGGUAGGGGAAACUGAGGAGCCUGGGGCCGAAGGGGCUGGGAAAGGAGAAGAGGUGGUAGUGGUGGAGAAGGCCUGUGAAAGCACUAGGGCAUGGGGGAUGUGGGGCCCAGGGGCAGAGCCUGAGGACUGGGGAAUCUUAGGCAGAGAGGAGGCCAGGACAACCCCAGGUAGGGAAGAGGCCAGGGCAAUUUUAGAUAGGGAGGAAGCCAGGACAAUCUCAGGCGGGGAGGAGGCUGAGACAGCCUCAGGCGGGGAGGAGGCUGAAACAGCCUCAGGCGGGGAGGAGGCCGGGACAGCCUCGGGAGGGGAGGAGGCCGGGAUAGCCUCAGGUGGGGAGGCUGGGACAGCCUCAGGAGGGGAGGAGGCCUGGAUGACCUCAGGUGGGGAGGCUGGGACAGCCUCAGGAGGGGAGGAGGCCGGGACAGCCUCAGGAGGGGACGAGGCCUGGACGACCUCAGGCAAAGAGGAGGCUGACCUGCUGGGAGUCAGACAGACAGAAUAUGGAGCAGUCCCAGGAGAAAGGCUCCUAGAGGCUACUGGAAAAGUCUGGGUCCUAGAGGAGGAGGGGGAUGAGGAGAGAGAGGCUGAGGUGAGCCCUUUCCCCAAACAGGCCCAGGUCCUGGGCACUGAAAGAACAGAAGAGGCUGCUGAGAGCCAGACCGCAGGGAGGGAGGCUGUGGGAGGCCAGGAGGCAGGGGAGAGCUUUGAGGGCCAGGUAGACCUGCGUGGUAAGGAGGCUGAGAUGAGGCAGGACUUGGAGAUCAGGGCCGACCGGGCCAGGAUGGAAGAGCUGGUACAGGCAGAGGAGGCCCAGGAGGAGAGAGGGAGCGGCAGGGAUCCAGUGGCUGAGCUGCCCUCAGAUGGAGAGGCUGAAGGCGCUGCCGACUUGGAGGCAACUCCAGAGGCCAGGCCUGAGGAGGAGCUCACAGGGGAGGAGAGUGAGGCGGCCCAGACUAGCUGUGGCCCACUGGGGGUGGAAUGGGGUGGCCUCACACACAGCGUCACCAAAGGCCAGGGACCUGAGCUGAUGGGGGGCGCCCAGACCCCAACUAAGCAACCCGAGGAAAGGGAGGCAGGGGAGGUGGAGCUCAUGGGAGUUCUGGCCCUGAACAAAGAGGAGCAGGAGGGGAGCCUGGAGGCAGGUCCCAGGCACGCGGGGUCUGUAAAGCCUGAGGCCUCUGAGGCCUUCCCAGGAGCCUGGGAAAACCGCACGAGAAAGGACAUGGAGAGAGGAAAUACUCAGGAGGUUGCAGCCGAUGGCGAGCAGCGGGGGGAGGAGGAGACUGCGGGAGGCCAGACCCUGGCGGCUGAGGCUGAAGGAGACCGAGAGUCUGAACUAUCAGAAGUCCCAGAGGCAGGCAGGGAGGGGCUGACAACCCAGGACGCGGGAUGUGGAACUGAGGAGGGAGAGGCGUCUGUCUCAGAGAACCAGGAGCUGGACGGAAGCACAGGGGCAGACGCAGGGCCUUGCCCGUCACUGGGAGAGGCCUAUGCCAGAGAAACUGAGGAUGAAGAGGCGGAGGCUGACAGAACAUCCAGAAGAGGCUGGAGCCUGCAAGCGGUGGCUGUGGGCCUCCCGGACCGUGAGGAUGCACAGACUGGCUCUGUGGCUGCUGGGAUUAUGGGGGGUGAGGUGGUCCCAGACAUCAGCGCUGCUGGCGCUGGUGAAGCUUUGGAAGGGGCGCUUGGGCAAGGCUGGGACUCAAGAGAAAAGGAAGAGGCAGCAGCAGGAGAGCAUGCAGGUGGGCAAGAAUUUGGUCUGGAGUGCUCAGCAGAGGAAGAGGUGACUGGCAGAGGCAGCCAAGUAGAGGCUUUUGAGUCCAGGGAGGGAGGACCUUGGGGAGGGCGGGUAGAGGCCGAGGAAUCUGCAGGCGCAGAGGACAGCUGUGGGCUGGAUCCCGCGGGCUCCCAGACAGCGAGGGCAGAGGGGAUGGGAGCCAUGGUGGAGGCUGGGGGGCUUCUAGCAGAGUGGACGCUGUUGGAAGAAGAGGCUGUUGGAUGGCAGGAGAGAGAACAGAGGGAAGACAGUGAGGGGCGGUGUGGGGACUACCACCCUGAGGGAGAGGCACCAAGGUUCCUUGAUGCAGAGGGUCUCAUGGUGACCGGGGGCCGGAGGGCAGAGGCCAAGGAGACUGAGCCAGAAAGCCUGGAACACGUCAGGGGCCAGGAGGAGCAGCCAACACACCAGGCCCCUGCAGAAGCUGCACCGGAGUCAGUCGGGGAAGCCGAGACGGCUGAGGCCAUGGGCAGUGCCAGAGGAGGUGCUGCCAACAGCUGGAGCGAGGCCCCGCUCCCCGGGUCCCUCCUAGACGUCUCUGUCCCAAGGAGUCGCGUGCACCUCUCGAGAAGCUCCUCACAGCGUCGCUCCCGGCCCUCUUUUCAUCGGACUCCGGCCUGGGAGCAGCAGGAGGAGCCCCCAGCCCCCAACCCUCCUGAGGAGGAGCUGUCAGCUCCUGAGCAGAGACCCCUCCAGCUGGAGGAACCCCUGGAGCCAAGCCCUCUGAGGCAUGAUGGGACCCCGGUGCCAGCCAGGAGAAGGCCCCUGGGACACGGGUUUGGCCUCGUGCACCCUGGCAUGAUGCAGGAGCUGCAAGCCCGUCUGGGCCGGCCUAAGCCCCAGUGACUGAGACCCGGUGCUCUGGGAGCCAGGCCCUGAGUGGGUGCCAGAAGGCUUGCUCCAAUGCCACUGAGCCCUGCUCCCUCUGCCACUGUGGACACAUCCUCUCCACCCUCUGGGCCUCAGUGUCUUGAUGUAUCAUUCAUGGAGCAGGCAAAACCAGACGUCUGGGAAGACCGUGAACUUAAGGAGUCUGAUUCUCCAACACAGGCUGGUGGACCACCUACCCCACUGAGACCACCUCUCAGGGUGCCUGCCCUGGUUCCUCCCCAGCCUGAGUCAGCUGUCUGGACUGCAAGGAGGCUGGGCACGGGGGCUCAUGCCUGUCACCCCAGAGCUUUGGGAGGCCAAGGUGGGAGGAUCGCUUGAGACCAGGAGUUCGAGACCAGCCUGGGCAGCAUAGCAAGACCCCCAUCUUUUAAAAACAAAAUAAAACAAUAAAGACUGCAAGGAAGACUGAGGGAA